AUGGGCUGGAGGAAAGUUGAGAUCCCGAGUUUAGCACUGGGAGUACUACUUGCUCUGUAUUUGGCGGCAGCAGAUGCAGAGUACCUGCUCUACAAAGACUCAACCCAGCUGGUCGGCCACCGAAUCAAGGACUUGAUGGGUCGGAUGACAUUGCAGGAGAAAAUCGGCCAGAUGGUUCAAAUUGAUCGUGCCGUCGCUUCCGCUGAUGUAAUGAAGAACUAUUUCAUAGGGAGUGUAUUGAGUGGAGGAGGAAGCGUUCCGGCUCAAAAAGCUUCGCCGGGGACAUGGAUAAAGAUGCUCAACGAGUACCAAACAGGCGCUCUGUCAACCCGGCUCGGAAUUCCGAUGAUCUAUGGGGUUGACGCUGUUCAUGGUCAUAACAAUGUCUACAACGCCACCAUUUUCCCACACAAUAUCGGCCUUGGAGCUACUAGUGAUUUGGAUGGGUCCUGUUUCAGGGAACCUGAGCUGGUGAAGAGGAUAGGCGUGGCAACGGCCCUUGAAGUCAGGGCUACUGGAAUGUCAUAUGCUUUUGCGCCUUGUGUUGCAGUAUGUAGAGAUCCAAGAUGGGGACGAUGCUAUGAGAGUUACAGUGAGGAUCCUGAGAUUGUUAAUGCCAUGACGGAGCUUGUCCCCGGCUUGCAAGGAGAUAUCCCUGCUAACUACCCCAAGGGAAUUCCUUACGUCCCAGGAAAGACGAAUGUGGCAGCCUGUGCUAAGCAUUUCGCGGGCGAUGGAGGAACAGCAAAUGGGAUCAAUGCAGACAACGCCAUACUUGAUUGGGAUGGUCUGGUGAAAAUCCACAUGCCUGGAUAUAUCUCCUCCAUAACCAAAGGGGUUGCCACUGUCAUGAUCUCUUACUCCAGCUGGAACAGCAUUAAGAUGCACGCCCACAAGGAAAUGAUCACCGGCUACCUGAAGGGCGCUCUGAGAUUCAGGGGUUUUGUGAUCUCAGACUGGCAAGGAAUCGACUUGAUCACCAGCCCAUCACAUGCUAACUACACGUACUCAGUAGAGAAAGCAAUCGCUGCAGGAGUCGACAUGGCCAUGGUACCAUACAACUACACGGAAUAUAUUAAUGAACUAACACAACUAGUGAACAAUGGGGCCGUACCAAUGAGCAGAAUCGACGAUGCAGUGCGAAGAAUUCUUAGAGUGAAGUUUGUUAUGGGUCUAUUUGAGAACCCAAUGGCUGAUGAGAGUUUGGUGAAUGAGCUUGACAGCCAAGAACAUAGAGAAUUGGCGAGAGAAGCAGUAAGGAAAUCACUUGUGCUGUUGAAGAACGGGAAAGAUAGUAACCAGCCGAUGCUGCCACUCUCUACCAAGGCUCCGAAGAUACUUGUUGCAGGUUCCCAUGCUGAUAAUCUUGGAUACCAGUGUGGUGGAUGGUCAAUUGAAUGGCAAGGAUUCAGUGGCAAUGAUCGCACUUCCGGAACCACAAUACUCUCUGCCAUAAAAAUGGCAGUUGACCCAAGCACUGAAGUCGUGUACCAGGAAAACCCUGCAGCAGAUUAUGUAAAGUCGGACAGUUUCUCUUACGCCAUUGUUGUGGUUGGAGAGCACCCAUAUGCAGAAACAGCAGGGGAUAGUAACAACUUGACAAUACCUAAUCCUGGCCCAAGCAUCAUUCAGAAUGUUUGUGGAACUAUGAAAUGUGUUGUAGUUCUUAUCUCUGGCCGUCCCGUGGUGAUUGAACCCUACAUGGACUCGAUGGAUGCCCUAAUUGCAGCUUGGCUCCCUGGAAGUGAAGGUCAGGGUGUGACCGACGUGCUGUUUGGUGACUAUGGCUUCACUGGAAAGCUUCCCAGAACAUGGUUCAAGAGAGUUGAUCAGCUCCCUAUGAAUGUUGGGGACGAAAAUUAUGACCCCCUUUUCCCAUUUGGGUUUGGCCUCACCACUGAGCCAGUGAAGGUCAAUUAAACAUGAUUGUAUCCGUUGUCCACUUUCGAGGCAGAGUAUUGGAAAUAAGAACUGAAAUUGUAACAGAUAACUGCGGGAAAGUUAGUGUUGUUUUCUUUUAACGAGGAAAGAUACUGAAUUUAUUAUAGGUGUUUCAGAACUUAAUCAUCUUUGCCACGGAGACAUAGAUGUCACAUGACAGGAGAAACACAGAGCUUACAACUACUCCACAUUCUCUAUAACAGCUGUGUCCUUCGCAGUCCCACUCUCAGCUUCUUCAAUCUGCCUCAAAAUGUCAGCUUUCUGGUCCAUGAGAACUUGUAUUUUCCCAUUGAUCUUCUCCAACUUGUUUUUCAGCUUCUCCACAUCCUUGGUCUUGCCCUUCUCAUCAAGUUUCCUCUUUUUGUUAUCACUCUUCCCUUUCUCUAUCUUAUCUUUACCAUCCUUGCCUUCAUUCUUCUUCACGUCAUCCUCUGCUUCGCCUUCUGAUUCUUUCACAUCACCUUUGGUCUCAAUACCCCUGGAGCUGGAUGUCACUUCUGCCUUGUCAACCUCUUCCUCGACCUUCUUUGCUUUCUCUUCCUUGUCCUCCUUCUUCUCUUUCUUCUUCCUAUUCUCAUCUUCAUCAGUUUUACCCUUCUCUUUCUUCUCCUUUUCCUUCUUACCUCCCUUCUCUUCUUUCCCUUUACCUCCAUCCACUUCGUCCUCGUUUCCCUUGUCCUUCUUCUCUUUCUUCUUCUUCUUGCUUUCAUCCUUCUGUUCCUUCUCCUUUUUCUCAUCAUCUCCCUUCACUUCUUUUUCCUUUACACCAUCAUUCUCCUUGUCCUUUUUCUUCUUUUUGCUUCCAUCUUCGCCUAUUUCAUCUUUCGGUUUCUUCUUCUUAUCUCCCUUCUCUUCUUUCUUGUCAGUUUCAUCCCUUUCAUCUUCAUGUUUUUUGUUCUUCUUCUUAUCAUCUCCCUUCUCUACUUUCUCCUCACUUUCAUCCUUCUCACCCUCGUGAUUCUUGCCCUUCUUCUUAUCUUCUUUCUGUUUGCCUUUGUCUGCUACAUCUUUGUCCUUCUUCUUUUUAUUUUUCUCUUCAGACCCCUUUUCAUUUCUAUACUCCUCGUCUUCCGAUUCAACCUCCUUUCCUUUACCCUUCACUUCUUUCUCCUUCUCCUUCUCCUUCUCUUUCUUAUCUUUCUUCUUCUCUUUACCAUCUCCAUCUCCAACCUUCUUCUCGCCCUCUUCCUCAUGUUUCUCAUCUCCUUUAACCUUCUUCUUCUCCUUCACUUUCUCAUCUUUCUUCUUCUUCUCUUCUUUCUCUGGUUUAUCAUCAUCAUCCACUUUCUUCUUCUCCUUUUUCUUCUUCUUGUCCUCCUUUUCGAGGGACUUGGUCUUCAAUUCAAGCUCCAACUCAACCUUAUCCUCCUUUGCCUUCUCACCAUGUGGAGCUUUGUCCUUAAUCUUCAAUUUCAUCUCCAUUUCAGAAGCCGAAGCUUCAGAUUUCGGCUCCAUCCCUUGAGGGAAUCGGAACUGAAACGAAAGUUCUCUCUUUCCCGAUUUAAGGUCAACUGACAAGGAUUCCGAUCGCAUUCUAACUGAUCCGAUCAAAUGGAAUGCAGAACCCCAGACUAAGUCGUGCAAACGAUCGGAAUUGGGGAAAAAAAGGGAAAGUAGGGUUUAGGGGAAAGUUGGAUUGGAUGCUUACCUUCGAAGACAAACGAGAAAACUCCAGGAGGCGAGGGAAGAAAGCAAUAAGUACUCUUUCUUGCUUCGGUUGUGUUCUGGCGAAUUGAGGAGAGAGAUCUCUCUCGAAGGAAUUGAUUCGGUUGUGUCCAUCUUCUUCCUCGGUCGGCCUAUUUAUAGGCUCCCACUUUCCUUCGUACCAGUCUGUUGACAUCAUUGCAGUGGGUGGGGGAAGAAAAUCAGUCGGCGACACGCAAAGGCCACGACCACGACUUCUUUCACCGCGGGAGAUGGCGGUGGGAAAAGUGCUCUUCCGAGUUCCUUCCUUUCCCCAGCUG